AUGGACUCAAACAAGAAACCCCUACUCUUUCUUGACAUAAUACUGCGUGACUACCCGACGGACCCUAUUAAAACUCUCAUUGACUCCGGCGCCACCUCCAACUUUAUAUCCCCCACUCUGGUAGAAAAACUGAAAAUCCCAAAAAUCCUACUCAAAAAUCCACGAGUAGUAAGGAUGUUAGAUGGUACCAUAUCUCAGACUGGUCGCAUAUGGCACCAGGUUCAACUUGCGGUCUUGGCCAAUGGCCACCUCCACCACAUUCCCUUCCUUGUUUGCCCCAUAGGCAACACACCGGCUAUCCUUGGCAUGACCUGGCUCACAUUGGAAUCCCCCCUAAUUGACUGGCAACAGGGUCUUGUCACAUUCCCAGAACAAGUUCAAAUUGCCUCUGAGGAAGAAGCGGAUCCUGACCCCUUGGCAGACCUCCCGACCCAAUACCACGAGUUUGCAAGAGUAUUUGGCGAAGAAGAAUUUAAGGUCCUUCCCCCCCACAGGGAAUAUGACAUUUCCAUUGACCUACUUCCUGACGCCAAACUCUCACCAGGACCUAUCUAUGGCAUGACCAAUGCAGAAUCUAGGGCGCUGAAACAACACAUUGACGAGGAGCUGGCAACAGGCAAAAUCCGCCCUAGUACCUCCUCAGCAGGCGCCCCGGUCAUGUUUGUAAAAAAGGCAGAUGGGUCCCUCAGGCUAGUUGUUGAUUAUAGAAAGCUGAAUGACGUCACCCAUAAGAACGUAUACCCCUUACCAAGACAGGACAAUCUCAUGGCUAAACUCAGACAUGCCAAGAUCUUCACUAAGUUGGACUUACGCUGGGGGUAUAAUAACGUUCGAAUCAAGGAAGGUGACAAAUGGAAAACGGCCUUCAGAACCAAAUAUGGCCUGUUUGAAUACCUAGUUAUGCCCUUUGGUCUUACCAAUGCCCCCGCAGCGUUCCAGCAUUUCAUGAACGACUUGUUUAGGGACCUCAUUGACGUCACAGUGGUCAUCUAUUUGGACGACAUCUUGAUCUUCUCAGAAAACCCAGAAGAACAUCCAGCCCAUGUGAGGGAAGUACUAUCCAGGUUAAUGGCAAACCAACUCUUCUGCAAACUCUCGAAGUGUCAUUUCCAUGUGACUACGGUCGAUUACUUAGGCAUUGUUAUCUCCCCUGCUGGGUUCUCAAUGGACCAGAAGAAAAUAGAAGCGGUCACAACCUGGCCCACUCCCAAAACGGUCAAACAAGUUCAGGCUUUUCUAGGAUUUGUCAACUAUCUUAGACGGUUCAUUCCCAAUUUCAGCUUGGUCGCACGCCCCCUCCACAACCUCACCAAAAAGGAAACCCCCUGGUCAUGGGGUAACCCAGAAGAGGAAGCAUUCCAGGAGUUGAAACGUCUAGUUACACGGUCGCCAGUGCUUAUCCAUUCCAACCCUGGCCUCCCCUACUAUCUUGAAACAGACGCGUCAGGGGUAGCCAUGGGAGCAAUCCUUAGUCAAAGAGGGGAGGAUAACCGUUUACACCCAGUAGCCUAUAUGUCAAAAUCCUUCUCUGGUGCUGAGGCCAAUUACAACACCCAUGACAAGGAACUCCUAGCCAUCAUCAAGGCCCUAGAGGAGUGGCGUAUCUUCCUAGAAGCAACGGACAAACCCAUACAGGUGUUCACGGAUCAUCAAAAUUUGGAAUAUUGGAUGCAGGCCAGAACCUUCAAUCGCAGGCAUGCCCGAUGGCGCAUAUUCUUGAGCAACUUUAACUUCGAAAUCCACUAUCGACCAGGGAAACAGUCGGGUAAACCAGAUGCAUUGUCCAGACGAGCAGACUAUGUCGACAACCCCUCAGAACCAGAAGUCAUGCUCCCCGCAGAAGUCUUUGCCAACACGUCAGAAGAAGAACUGGAAAUUAUCACAGAAAUCCGCACCAAGCUUAGGGAAGACCCGUCCCUUGAGCCCAUUAUCCAAUUUCUCACAGAAGAUGCGGACAAUGCACCUCCCUCCAUUCGGAAAGCUUACAGAGACUACGAUUGGGAAGAGGACCUCCUAUGGUACCGAGGGAAACUAGUUGUCCCAGACUCGGAAUCCCUGAAAGAACGGUUGCUGAGGGAAUUCCACGACUCACCACUAGCCGGUCACCCAGGUCAACAGAGGACCCUUGAACUUCUAAGUCGCAACUACUGGUGGCCAGGCAUGAAAUCAUCCUCCAAAGAAUGGGUGGAAUGCUGCCCCACAUGCCAGGCCAACCGCCGAGCACACGCCCCGGUCAUUGCCCUCAAACCUCUGGAAGUUCCCCCCUACCCAUUUCACACAAUUUCCUAUGACUUUAUCACGGGAUUCCCAAAGUCAAACGGCCAUGACGCAAUCUUGGUAGUCAUCGAUUCCUUCUCCAAAUUCGGGCAUUUCAUCCCAACUACCAAGAAGGUUACAUCUAAAGGCCUAGCGGAUUUAUUCAUCUCACAUGUGUGGAAACUCCAUGGGUUACCAGUCAAAACAAUUUCAGACAGGGGGACGACGUUUAUGGGAAAGUUCCUAAGGGCACUCUAUCAACGCCUCGGAGUAAAACCAGCCUUUUCAUCAGCCUACCACCCGGAAUCGGACGGACAAACAGAGAGGGUGAACCAGUUCAUUGAGUUCUACCUCAGAUCAUAUGUUGCCGCCAACCACUCAGAUUGGGCCACCUGGUUGCCACUAGCGGAAUAUGCCUAUAAUAACGCAAAGCACUCUGCAACCGGAAGAACCCCUUUUGAAUUGGUUUAUGGAAGAAACCCCAUCAUGAACCCGUCUAACGUUCCUGCAAAUGUUCCAGAAGCAGACCUUGUAGCCAAUACCUUGGCCCAGGAAUGGAAGGAAGCAGAGUCAGCACUGAGAAUGACAAAAGAACGCAUGACCAAAUCAACAGGGAUGAUACCGGAAUACUCCAUAGGCAAAAAAGUCUGGCUAGAUGGAAAGAACAUAGAACUUAGGACAAACUCCAAUAAGCUAGACCCCAAACGACUAGGUCCAUUCAAGGUUACGGAGAAAAUAUCCAGCCACGCCUACCGCCUAGAACUCCCCAAAACCCUGAAAAUCCACAAUGUAUUCUACGUGGGAUUACUAUCAAAGGCACACGAGUCACCAAGUCAACCGUUCCCAGAACAACCCCCUCCUGAAACAAUAGAAGGGGAGGAAGAAUACGAGGUCAAACAAAUCAUUGACUCUAAACGCCAACGGGGGAAAUGGUUUUAUUUGAUCAAAUGGAAAGGUUACGGUCCAGAGGAUAACUCAUGGGAGCCAGAGGAGCUAUUGGAACACAGCCAGGAAGAGAUCAAGCGCUUUAACCAAGCCAAACUCAGAAAGGCUCGUGACGCCGCCAAGAGCCUUUAA